AUGUAUGUGUUAUUAAAUCUAAAAGAUGAGAAAAAUCUGCAGAACGUCGUUCAAUUGCUUUUUUCACACGGACACCGACAAUUAUCAAUAGGUGAAACUAUUGAAAACCUUUGUCCGACAUGCGAAAAAUCCGGCAACUCAACAACAUCUUCAAUAAUUGGAAAUGGUGGAACUGAAACACACACAACAACACCCGAAUUCCUUUGUUCAACCCCAAUAAAAUCCGAAAAAUUGGCAAGUUCUUCGUCGAAUUUAUUAACAUCUUCAUUAUUAAAACGAAGCUAUAAUAAUAUAUCACCAAUAAUGUCAGGUUAUGAAGAUAUAAGUGUAAAAGAAGAACCAAGUGAUGAAGGAAAUGAUUAUGGUGGAGAAUUGGAUGAAACUGAAACAUUUUCGCUAAGUCAAGCACUAGAACUUUUUGAAACUUCGAAAAAUUUGGGUGAAAAUUUUGGAUUGAAACCAGUGAAGCGAGUGAAAAAUGAGGAACCGUUUGGCGAAGUUUUUCAAUGUCAAUUGUGCAAAAAGAGUAUUUCGCGUCAUGGACAGUAUGCUAAUCUUUUGAAUCAUUUAUCUAGACAUGCAAGACUUCAUGCUUCAAAAAAACAGUAUUGGUUGGUUUUUGAGGGAAUUUGUGAGGGGAAGAAACAUCUGAAAAACUGAAAUUUUGCAGCUGUCCACAAUGCGGUGCUAGCUUUACUCGCAGAUAUUUGGCCGCUGCUCAUAUUAAAGAGGCUCAUCAGGAUUUGAAUAUGCAACCACACGAUUUUGCGUGAGUUUUUUGAAGGGAAAACGUUUGAAAAAUGAUCUGAAAUUGGAGUUUUUUACUGGAAAUUUGGAGACUGAAAAUAAGAUGACAAUUUGAAAUGUUCCUCAAAUUAUCAUGAAAAGUUUGAGUUUUAAAAAAAUCUAACGAUCUGAUUUCAAAACUUAAACUUAAAAGUUUAAUUGUUCAACAUCACAUGUUCAAUCUGAAACCUUCUAGUGAACCAGAAUUUCAAGGAACCAAAGAACAAUCUGAAAAUCUUAUUUUCAGGCGAAAUUUCCUAAAAAUACAAAAAUUUUCAAAAAAAAGUUUAGGAAAUUCCUGAAUUUUUUCAGGAUAAAAAUCUCCUGAUAAUCUAAAGCUAGAAAUCCCAGGUUUCGAUUGAAAAGCUUGAAAAGUUCAAACAAAAAUAAUGAUUCAUCCAACUUCCUAAUUUUGCAGCGCCGAACUUCGUGAAGAAUACAAAUCUCUUCUCGAAGUUUGUUUCCCAGGCGCCGACAGUCGCCGUCGCCAACAACAAAUUGUCUCACAAGUCGCAAAAGACACAAUUCUCAGCAUUUUAUCCGAUGACAGCGGAAUUUCACUUCCCGAAGCUGCUGAUAACAGUAUGAAUGGAUUGGAUACGAUGGAGAAAAAUGUGAUUGAAGUUCAUGUUGGAUCAGAUAACACAAUUCUAAAGGAUGUAAAUGAGACAAAUAUGCAAUUGAGUUUGGAUUUGAGUUUAGAAGAUAUGAAUCAGGAAGGACAAGAAGGUGUUUCUGAUAAUACUGAAACAAAUUUGGUCGUUUUUUGA